AUGGCCCAACCACCCUCCCCCAACAAAGCCGCCUACCCUCCCGACCGCACCCCAGACGAAGCAAUCUCCCUCUUCAAAGCCCUCGAAGCCAAAUUCCCCUCAGCCACCCUGGGAGAUGACAGGUGGUACUUCAUCCCCAUCGCCGCCCUUGUUGGUUCCGGCCAGCCAGAAUUCGCUAUCCAGCUAUACACCUACCUCAUCUCGAAGCCGGAAUACUCCACCCCGCAAGCGCGCCAGGAGCUUGUCCGCCGACUGCGCGAAGCGCUGGUAAAAUGCGUGCCCAUCGUCGGCGUGUGUCGACCGCUGGAAGUGGUAUUUGGCAUUUCAAAGAUUGAAAGGGAAGAAGAUAAGGAUUAUUCAUUCUCCAGGUUGGUUAUAGAAUGUCCCCCUCCCUCUUCUAUCAUACAAAACAAAAAAUCCCCCUUCUUCCCCCAGUCCUUCUUACAAAAAAUAUCCCAGGCAAGACUGGCAGUGUGA